AUGAGGGCAUUUAAACGGUACGGUACUUUUCCUGUUCGAGUAAACUUGGAAACAGCGGACAACGAUACCUCUUGCGACCACGUCGUAAAGUCUUCAUGCAACGAACUCGAUCAAGCGAGGUAUCUUGGCGUGUUGAGAGCACACAACCACAAACUGCAAACCACCACUGAGGACCUGAUCAUACUCUUUAGAGCAUGGCAAGUGGAAAAAAUCGCACAUCAGCAGUGUCCCGCGCCGUCAGAUCCGCUACGGCUACGGCACACAGUUACCGAUCGCGGCUCGGCUUGUUCUUUUCAAAACUAA